UUUUUUAAUUAUUGUUUACAUUUUUCUCUGUUUACCUGGGCUUUAUAAAAUUAAUUUAGUUGUCUUUUUAUUAAUUUAAAUGCAGUGAUAUUCAUUAUUUAAUAUGAGUGAUCUAAGUGAAGUAAAUCGUGAACCUUUAAGAUUAAAAGGUAUGCCUAUGAAGAAGAAGAAAAAGAAGAACAAAGAUAUUAAAAAUGUCAACAAAGUGGAUGUAAAAUUGGAUCAACAUGUAAAAAAUGAAACUGAAACUAAAGAGAUUGAUUUAAAGAAUCGUGAAGACUACGAGACUGGUGAUAUUCAAUUGACAAAAGCUGAAUUGGCGUGUCUCAAGAAACAGGAGAAGCUUCAAAUGAGUAGAAUUUUAGAAAAAGCAUCAAAAUCUCAUCGACGAUUGGUUGAAGAGUUCAACAGUAAAUUGGACAAUAUGAGUGAACAUUAUGAUAUCCCAAAAGUCAGUUGGACAAAGUGAAAAGGAACAAUCAACUUCAUAAUCUACCAAUUCUCUUAUCCUUAAUCCAUGUACCUUGUUCAUAUGAAAUCAAUUCAAAUGUAAAUAUCUCUCGAAUAAAAGCGUUCUGAUCGCUUGAAAUUGCUAAUUUUAAAGUGAA